UUCCACUAAACUCGGAUUGGCGUUUAUACUUUCGCAUACGGGCAUAAAUUUGUUUCUUUUUUGACAAAUUUUAUAGACGAGCCAUUUAAACUUAAAAUUUUCCAAUUAUCUCGUAAGGAGAGGUUAUACAUUCACGCAGCAGUUAUGGAUCUUAGUCUCGACGAAAUAAUUAAAACCAAAAAGAUCGCUUUGCCUUCAGCUGUUAAAAAGUUCAAUAAUACGGAAAACCCACGCAAGAGUUUGCCCUUGCGGAAAACCUUAAAUAAACCAAUAUUCAAGCAGAGUAUCGUAACUGAUGCUCGUAAUAAAAUCAUACAGAAAAAUCGUGAAAAGAUACUUGAUGCCCGUGAUAAAAUAGCAGAACUGACACGUCCCAUUGGUGAUGUGCGCCAACGUUUGUUGGCAAAAAAGCUGUCUGCUAAUAGUGGACUCAAAUCUCGCGGUGGUUCAAAGAAACUGUAUACAACCGCAUAUCGAAAUGGUGUGUUGAAACCUAAGCCCGGUUUGAAGAGCACACAGCCUUUUUUACGACAACCAGCACAUGUAUCAGCCCGCUUGCCAGACUUAAUAAAUGUUCCUCGGGGCUAUGUUGACUAUGAUGAUAUGGAACGUUUGGAAGAAGAGGAAAUGGCUGCCGCAACACGUAUAACUCAAACUGUGAGGAAUCAGUUCUAUAAACCACCAGAAUUGCUUUCAACUCGAACUGUAACAAUCAGUUUUAUAAACCACCUGAUCGCCAUGUCCCCAGAAUUACCACCACCACCGCCCAAGGGCAUACUGCGGCCCAGUACACGGCAACUAAGCCCAGACGUUUAUCAACGCCGUUAUGUGCCAGAGCUAUCAUCACAUCUAUCUUAUGAGAUGCGUUCACGUUUGGAACGUGCUCCUGAUCCGCAUGCCUCCAUGGGAAUAUUUUCCAAUCCAUUGAAGUCAUCAUCCUCAUCAGGUUACCGUAUCGUAGUCAGUAAUUUGCACAGCAGCGUAACUCAGUCAGAUAUUCAGGAACUUUUUGAGGAUAUUGGUCCUUUAUACGAUUCGCGUUUAGUGCGGCCCGGUGUUGCUGAAGUUAUAUACAAAUCAUUAACGGAUGCAGAAAAGGCGGUAGAUACUUAUCACAAUCGUCAACUAGAUGGCCAGCCAAUGAAAUGCCUACUAGUAAACCCCCGAGCUUCCAACAAGCCCACCGCACCUGCAUUGCCCACAAGCUCAAGUUCUCGCGGCCCUUCAGGAAAGACACCAUUGGAAAUUGAUAUCGACGCAUUGCACAAGGUGCUCUUCCAACGUCAUUAGCAUUAUCCUUACAAAUAAUAUGAAAUAAGUAAAAUACAGUGAGCAUAAUUGGAUGUGGUUCAAAGGGGCAGCAGUAUUCAAUUGAAAAUGUGCUGAAUAUAGAUGCAAAUGUUUUGGUCCAGCUUGCAGAUAAGACAAACACCUAAAUAUCAAUAUCUAAAUGGAUGUAUCAGUAAACUUGAUUAUUAUUACAUAUAUAUGUA